GUUUCGAUCUAUCGAGCGGCGCUUGAGACAGCCUGGUCGCGGUGCGGCUUAUUCAGUAUCAGUGCUGUUCUCGGCACGUUCGGCGAUCGAGGAUAUCAAGGUGAUUCGCACGUGAAUACGCGAUCGUCGGAAAAAUGAGUCGAUAGAUCGUCGAUCGACUCGCUUCCUGUCUCUGUCGCGAGCUUUUCAAAAAGCCUCUCCCGUGACAAAGCCCGUACCGAUAAAACCUGCGGAAAACAACACGCGGCAACAAAGUGACCCGAUUAUAAGUGGCUAGUUUCUCCAAUGAUGAAAUUACUGGCGGGCGUGGAAGAAGUGACUGAGCAGAAAGAAAAGCAGAGCGAUGAUGACCAGCCGUGCAACAAUAAUCAUGAAAUACAGGCAACAGCCGAGUUCGCACAGGAGACCCUCAAGCUGCUUACCGGCGAGGUAUACCGGAGGUCCUCCAAGAAAUUGGAGGAGUCGCCCAUCAAACGUAAAGUGACGCUGGAGGAUGAGGAAAAAAUGAGGCGCCUUCUUUCUUAUACAGAAGCACCUGAAUAUCUUCAACACAAUCCUUACAUUCUAAGCGGAUAUCGCGGAUAUCUUACUACAAAAUUGUGUAUCGAAAGUAUAUUUUGGUGGACAAAUGAAACAGUAAAUAUAUGGAGUCACAUAUUUGGUUGGAUGUUGUUCUUCGGUUUGACGCUGUACGAUCUUUGUCUAUUGAACAUUCAUGCGCCAAUGGGUGACAAAGUAAUCGUAGCUCUUUUAUUAAUCUGUUUUCAGGCUUGUAUGAUAUUAUCCUCGGUUUAUCAUACAUUUUCCUGUCGAAGCGAAAAGGAUUACUGGUGUUUCCUUUCGUUUGAUCUCUUCGGCAUCGCUUUGAGCCUUCUUUCUAUUUAUAUGUCUGGAGUUUACUACGCGUUUUGGUGUCAUAAGGAAUUACAGAGGUUUUAUCUGAUAACCGUGCUGGCGAUUUUCAUCUUCGCGAUGAUCCUUCAAAUACCAAAACUGAACGUUAACGGGAACGUCAAGCUAGUCGUAUUUGUCGCUUGGGCGGCUUAUGGAGUCCUGCCAACGCUGCAUUGGAGCAUCGCAAUGGGCGGCAUGGACAACCCGAUCGUUAGAAUGUUGCUUCCAAGGGUACUAGGAAUGUAUGUCAUUAGUGGUGGCGCAUUUAUUAUUUAUUUAACCAAAAUACCAGAACGGUUUUGUCCAGGGUGGGUAGAUUAUGUCGGUUCCUCUCAUCAAUGGUGGCACGCACUGGUAGUGCUGGCUCUUUAUUAUUGGCACAACACUGGAAUGCUUUACGUGGAAUACAGAAUGAACCACGGUUGCCCAAGCAAUAUAAAAUUUUUAUGACAGACGGAGUUUGACGACCAUUCAGUUGAAAUUGCAGCACCCGGUUUUCUCAUGGAAUGUGCUUGCGCUAUGGAAUUCAAUGUUUGGUCGUCUGGAAACUACAACAAGCUACCAUUUUAUGCCACCGAGAGCAAAACAACUUGCGCAAUGGAGAAUCCAUUACGGGCGUACCUCCGACAGCAAGUGAUCUAGUUCAGCAGAGUGUAAAAUAAGUGAAAUUUAUUUAAAACAACGUUAACACUGGAUUUUUAAACAAAUGAUUUGAUUAUCCUGACAUUAAUAAUGUUUAUUUAUUUUGUAUUUAUAAAUCGUGAAUAGAUUUAUUAUAUUUCCUGUUAUACUUUAAUUCCAUUACAAGUAAAACCUUUGAGAGUAUACUUUAUAGUUAUUCAAGUAUCAGUAGGAAGAUAUACACAGUUGAAUUUGACAAUCGUAUAAAAUUCUUUUUUUCCACAAUUUAGCAAUUGUAUACAUGCAAAUAUGAGUCGCACAUACCUUACAACGAAUUCUAUUGAUAUCGAAAAUUUCUUUUGAACUUAUAGACAUUAAGACUUAUUAGAAAUUUGAAUUUUCCAUGAUUUUUAUUAC